GAAGAACCUUUUUAGGACCAGGCCUUGUGGAAGAAGCAAGUCCGGACAGAGAUAUGAUCAGGUCUGUUUCCGGCCUGCUUUUAACAAACAGCGCCGACUUAUGAGAAAGUUCCCAUUUUGUGCAAGGCCUGUAACUACCUUAACCGAAGCAACCGCCAAAAACCUACAUGAACAACAGCAACAACUCCUCAAACUUAAUCGACAACUAGCAAAACUAACUCACUCAACCCAGUACAAAGAUGCACUCCAUCUGUUCGACAAAAUCCGCUCACUUUACUACUACCUCAAACCAGACCAUUACACUCUCUCUACAACACUCACUGCCUGUGCAAAUCUAUGCGAUACCACUUUUGGCAACAAGCUCCACGCCUACGCCAUUAAAUCAAGCCUCAAAACCUACACUCAUGUUGCAAACACCCUCCUCUCAUUAUAUGCCAAAGCGAAAGAAAUUGACUCGGUGAAGUGGGUUUUCGGUGAAACUGAAAACCCAGAUGUAUAUUCUUAUGCAACGUUAGUAUCUGCUUGUGCUAAAUUGGGUCACGUUGAUUACGCAUGCGUGUUGUUUGAUGUAAUGCCACAGAGGGAUGUCGUGGUUUGGAAUGCGAUGAUUACAGGGUGUAUGGAGAGUGGGAAUGAAGAGAUUGGGCUAAAUUAUUUUAGAGAUAUGUGUAGAUCGGGAGUUAGACAUGAUAAUUAUAGUUUAGCGAGUGUUUUAAGUGGGUGUAAAUUGGUGAUGGUGAAUUUUGGGAUGCAGGUGCAUUCGUUAGUGAUUAAAUCUGGAUCGUUGGUUGAACCUUCUGUUAUUAAUGCUUUAAUUACCAUGUAUUUUAACUGUGAAAAUGUUUUGGAUGGUUACUUGGUGUUUGAAGAAGCUGAAGAUUCAGUGCGUGAUCAGAUUACUUACAAUGUGAUGAUUGAUGGUUUGGUUAGUGUUGGGAGAAUUGAAGAGGCUUUGAUAAUAUGCAGAAAGAUGCUAGGGAGUUGUCUUAGGCCUAAUGAGUUGACUUUUGUGAGUUUAAUGAGCUCGUGUUUACAUGCAGAAAUUGGGUAUCAAUUCCAUGCCCAAGCUAUAAAGAUGGGUUUUGAAGCUAGUACUUCUUUAAGCAAUGCAACAAUAACUAUGUAUUCUAGUUGUAAAGAUUUGCAUGCAGCUCGCAAGGUUUUUGAGAGGCUGGAAAGGAAAGAUCCUGUCUCAUGGAAUACUAUGAUAUCCAGCUAUACUCAAGGAAAUUUUGGUAGAUUAGCAAUUUUAGCCUACUUGGAAAUGAGGAGAACAGGUACUGAACCAGAUGAGUUUACUUUUGGAAGCUUGUUGGCCAGCUCAGAGCUCCUAGAAACAGUGGAGAUGAUCCAUGCCCUUGUAUUUAGAAACAGUCUCAUUUCAAAUAUACAGGUUUCUAAUGCAUUGGCUUCUGCAUAUUCCAAGCAUGGGAAUAUGGAGCAGUCCUAUCAAAUAUUCUCUGAUAUGUCUUUUAGGGAUUUGAUCUCCUGGAAUUCUAUUAUUUCUGGUUUUCUGUUAAAUGGGCUCCCAUUGCUAGGCUUAGAGAAAUUCUCUGAGCUGCAGAUGUCAGAAUUCAAGUCAAAUGAGUAUACCCUCAACAUUAUUCUAAGUAUUUGUGCUAGCAUUCCAGCUUUAGGACAAGGGAAACAGGUUCAUGGUUAUAUUAUGAGAUCUGGGUUCAGUUCAGAAGUUUCUUUAGGCAAUGGCCUUAUAACUUUUUAUGCUAAAUGUGGACUUAUAGACUGGUCUUCAAGGGUAUUUACUGCAUUGGCCAAAAAAGAUACAGUCUCAUGGAAUGCCUUGAUAUCUGCUUACGCACAGCAUGGGAAAGGAAAUGAAGCUAUAUACCAGUUUGAGGCAAUGCAACACUCGUCUGAGGUCCAACCAGAUGAUGCCACCUUUAAAAUAGUUCUUUCCGCUUGCAGCCAUGCAGGUCUAAUUGAUGAUGGCAUUCGGAUUUUUAAUUCUAUGGUUGAUAAAUAUGGUGUUGUUCCUGGAGUUGAUCACUUCUCUUGUAUUGUUGACCUUUUAGGUCGUGCUGGGUAUUUUGAUGAAGUUGAAAGAUUAAUGAACAGUGAACAUUUUGAAGCUCAUCCCAACAUCUACUGGUCACUAUUGAGUGCUUGCGCAGCGCAUGGUAAUUUAAAGCUAGGAAAAUUAAUCAGUGAGUUUCUCCUUGAAACGGAACAGGAUAAUCCAUCAGUUUAUGUGCAUUUAUCGAAUAUGUAUGCAGCUGCUGGUCAAUGGGAAGAAGCAGCUAAUACGAGGAAAUUGAUUGAUAGCACUAGGACGGUGAAGCAACCUGGGUACAGUUGGAUCAGCUCAUAAAACCAAAUGCCUCCAGGUUGAAAUGUAGGCUGGAUGGCAGUGAUUUUACUAUCUCUUCCCUGAAAUGAUAAAAUUAGGGCGUGAUGACUACUGGUAUGCCAAGUGAUUCGCUCUGGGCUAGUUUAUUUUAUGAAUGACUGUUAGAGCCAUUGCAGCAGUUAUCUAGCUCUGGAAAUAACUAGUUACAAGCUGUUAAUGUGUGUGAUCUGUUGAAAAGCAAGAAAUGCUAUGCUGAGAAAUUGCUUGAUUGGUAUAAGGAAAGGAGCUUAUGAGGAGAACAUCCACUCUAGAAAUAUUUCGGAAUUGGCAAGAUCACAUAUUGGUACAAAUUUACACCUAGGCCGGACUUUGUGGAAGCGGGAAACUAUCAUUCCUCAAUCAACUGGAAUGCCAGAGGUUCCUAUGAACUUACUCUGAGCAUGCCUGUCAGCAAUUGUCAAGGUUCACCCGACAUGAUUAGUAGCUCCUUCGGCAUAUUCGGGGUUUCGUUUCAGAUGAUAUUUACCGGACUACAAAAAAUUUCAUAAUCAUAGAUCAAGAAAGUCCAAAGGUCUACUUACAAUCUUCAGUUCUAAGAGAAUAAUAAUGUAUACAAUUAAACAACUGUAUCUACUGACCAGAAAUUAACAUCAGUCCCACAUUUUCUCAAUAGAUACAGUGUGUACAUUUGACAUCCUCGGAACUUGCAAAUGUAAGCAGGUUUGAUCUUGACUAUGACAACUCAAGCUACCUUGACUUUUGUUCAUCAUCUGCUGUAUCUUUAACAGGAGGAGGUCUGUAUAUUGCAGGAAUAGUAGCAGGAAAGAACAUUUGCCUCACUCCCUCCGCUUUGAUAAUGGGGAAAAUAAUACCGGAUGCACUCUGCAAAAGAAGGAAGUCGAUUACUAAAGAGAGAAAAGUGCUCGAUUACACCUUUUCGCAAACAAUGCAACAGCAAAUUUAUUUACAACAAAAAAAAAAGUGGGAAGACAAAAAGAUCGUCUCCACUGGAGAAGAUCAAUAAAUUCAAAAGAUAGGAAAUACGCACUGAUAUCAGUCUAGCCCCAAUCCAUACGGCUUUAGGUGAAGGAAAUGGAAGAAGCAGGCGACCAACACCAUAUAUUGCAACAGCAAAGAAAUGCAUUACUAAGCUUAGUGGACGUGGGUUGAGACCAGAGAGUAAAGCCACAGGUCCUGAUGAAAAUAUGCCCCCAAGGCUUAGAUAGUCGAAGCAUGCUUGGCGCAUUUCCUUCCUUGCCUGAUCAGGAGAAGCAGAGAAUACCUUGUACAAUGCACCUGCCAGAGUAUUUAUCGUAGAUGCAACAGGCUGCCAGAAACAAUCAUUACAUUCAAUGAGUUGUAAAUGGCUUAAAGAGUAACAUUACUUCAUCCAUUUUGUUUCCAUGCUUGUACUUGGAUCUUGUAAAAAUCAAAGGGAGUGUAUAAUUUAAGAUGUUGCUAUUUCAUUGCAAUA